AUGCUGAGGUCGGCACAGUCAGUCCGUACUGCUGGCCGACAGAUCUUUGAGCAACUUCGCGGGAAGGGUGUUGGUGGCUUCCAACCUGAGGGCGGACGCGGCGGCUAUGGCGAUCGAGAGAUUAAUGCAUACGGCAACCUCGAAACGAUCCCACCCUACACGUCUAAGAGUGGAGUCAAAUAUCCCGCCGGCCGGAUCAUUCAUGGCAAGCAUUACGACAAGAUGCCAGCGGAAGCAACGAUUGCCUUCUUGGAAGGCCAAGAGCUUCAAAAACCUCUUUUCCUCGAGUCUGGAUGGCUACUCAUCGGUCACGUUGAUGAGUUCGUCCAGUUUCUACCUUCCAACGAGACGGGCCUUGGCUUCACGAUUGUUAUCGCUGACACCACGUCCGCCCUCGACUUGCUCAGAAACACCUCAGCGGCGGGACAUGGUGAGCUGGCCAUAACGAUCGAUGAGCUUCUUGCCAAUGAGACAUUUCACGAGGUCAACGCUUAUGCGCAGAGGCAUAUUGAUGCUAAUUUGGGAGUCCUGCUCGCUGAGAUACCUAUCCUUCGAGAUCAUGUGAUUCGCAUCCCCUCGCUUUCCAAGGCUCCCAAGGUGUCCUCCCUAUCCUCGUAUACGGAAACGGUAAUGAAAGGCGAGUAUUUGCUAGUGAGCUUCAGCCCGGCGGCUAUCAACGGUGUCGUGUUGGACAACUACUAUGUGAGUGCCAAGACUUGGGGUCCCGUGGUGGAGGGACGAGACAUCUUUGAGGUUGCCAUCCGGGAGGCAUAUGCAAAGGCUGGCAUGGAGGUUGGGUUUGUGGACGAUUUCAUGUCGCAUCACCACACCUUUGGUGAGAUUCAUUGCGGAAGCAACACUUUCAGGGAGACGGGCGUAGCGUGGUGGGAGUAG